CUACGUACUGGACUGAAUAUAAUAACGAUGAGAAUCGGCGACUGCUAGUCCUCUGCAGGUGCGGAGAGGAGAUGCCCUAAGCCAGUUGUCAUAGUGUUUGAUUUCACACGCUGCUUCCGGUUCAUACAUUAGCAGUCAGGAGGGAGAGAGCACAGCGUCUGCUUUGUGGAAAGAAGGGAGAACGUGCAUCCUGCAGGAUAUGUUGAGACGCGUUGUGCGACAGAGCAAGUUCCGUCAUGUCUUCGGUCAGGCUCUGAAGAAUGACCAGUGCUAUGAUGACAUCCGUGUCUCCAGGGUCACCUGGGACAGCGCCUUCUGUGCCGUCAACCCCAAGUUUGUCGCCAUUAUCGUAGAGGCUAUUGGGGGUGGAGCUUUUCUUGUCCUCCCACUACAAAAGACUGGUCGCAUUGACAAGACCUACCCUACAGUGUGCGGUCACACAGGCCAAGUGUUGGACAUCGACUGGUGUCCUCAUAAUGACUAUGUCAUUGCUAGCGGCUCAGAGGACUGCAUGGUCAUGAUUUGGCAGAUCCCUGAGAAUGGGCUGGAAAAUCCCCUGUCAGAGCCAACAGUGGUUUUGGAGGGCCACUCUAAGAGGGUUGGCAUUGUGUCUUGGCAUCCCAGUGCUCACAACGUUCUCCUUAGUGCAGGUUGUGACAACCAGAUCAUCAUUUGGAAUGUGGGCACCGGAGAGGCCAUGAUCAACCUGGAGGACAUGCACCCUGAUGUUAUCUUUAGUGUCAGCUGGAGCCGCAACGGCAGCCUCAUUUGCACCGCCUGCAAAGACAAGAAGAUCCGCGUCAUCGACCCGCGGAAGCAGAAGAUUGUGACGGAGAAGGACAAAGCCCACGAGGGAGCUCGGCCAAUGAGAGCCAUCUUUUUAGCAAAUGGAAACAUCUUCACCACUGGAUUCAGCCGCAUGAGCGAACGUCAGCUGGCCCUGUGGAAAACUGAGAACAUGGAUGAGCCACUGUCUAUUCAAGAGAUGGACACCAGCAAUGGAGUUCUGCUGCCCUUCUAUGACCCAGACACCAACAUUGUGUACCUGUGUGGAAAGGGUGACAGCAGCAUCCGGUAUUUUGAAAUCACCGAUGAGGCACCAUACGUCCACUACCUCAGCACCUUCUCCAGCAAGGAGCCCCAGAGGGGCAUGGGAUACAUGCCCAAGAGAGGCCUGGAUGUCAAAAAAUGUGAAAUUGCUAGGUUUUAUAAACUACAUGAGAGAAAAUGUGAACCGAUCACCAUGACAGUCCCCCGUAAGUCAGAUCUGUUCCAGGACGACCUUUACCCUGACACAGCAGGCCCUGAUCCGGCCCUGGAGGCAGAGGAGUGGUUUGCUGGAAAGAACGGAUACCCUGUCCUUAUGUCACUUAAAGAUGGCUACGUCCCCGGAUUGAAGAAAAAUGAUCAUCGAGUGGUUAAGAAAAAAGUCCUGGAGAGCAAGCCAGCGGCAAAAGCAGAGACCCCGUCGUUUGUCCCGAAGCAAGCUGCUCCACAAUCCUCAAUAAAAAUGGAAGAAAAACUGGAAGAGGUACUGCGAGAGUUCAAGUCACUCAGGGACCGUGUAAUCCUUCAAGACCGCCGAAUCGCCAGACUUGAAGAGCAAGUCUCCAAGGUUGCCAUAUAGAAGCCGGCCCUUUCCCAGGACCGCUCACUGCUGGGGAAAGACGGAGUGGGCGGGGCCAGCCUCAGACAAAUGAUCCAGAUUCAGUUUCAUUCAGCUUGGUGUCCUCUGAGUGGUGGGGCCAAGCGCACAUUCCAAGAUGAACUUUUUUUCCUCCUCAUGCCCUCUGCAUCACACUUUGUCCUGAUACAAAGAGAACCGACAAACUCUUCUGCCAUUCACAUACACCUUUUUACUGGGUAUGUGCACAUUUGAAUAAAUAACUUUUAUGUUGACAUAACAGUCUUACUUUUUGUUUGAAACUGUGGUAAAACAUUCUUAUGUGAGGUUUGUACUUUAUACUUAAAAACUCUAUGUAACCAUUAGUAUUUCCAUGUAUCCUUAUUUUAUUGUGUGUGUGUGUGUGUGUGUGUGUGUGUGUGUGUGUGUGUGUGUGUGUGUGUGUGUGUGUGUGUGUGUUACCAAAUAUGAAUUGUGGUUUUAUGCACUGCUUUUACAUAUUUUUUUUUUCUUUCCAGUACAUUCCAUUCAGUUUUAUUUAGUCAAGCAGAAGGAUUUUUGUCAAACAUUAGUUUUGCAAGUUGUUUCUCACUGAUACCUAUCAGGUUUAUGAAUGUGGAGGAAUUCUGUCUAAAACAUUUUAUUCCUCUUCUUCUGGGCAUAAAAUUAAACUUUGGGUUAUGAUUGCAUCUCUCUGGUGUAAAUGUUGUGCAAAUGUAGUGGUGCGUCUAGUCACUGUUAAGGGUCAAACAGGGGUCAUGCUCUCUCCAGUGCAUAUUGGGUGGAAGGAAGGGACCACUCACUCCACUUUUUUUUUCUUUGCUGAACCCUCCCUGACAAUACUUCUGUGCACAUAAUAAAAA